CCAGAGCUCUCGCGAGGGACACCCGUGAUUUCCUGCUGCCCGCUGACAGUCCGUUCGCGAGUGUGGACUCUCAUUGUCUUGGCGCCAUAUCUCACCUUCGCCAUGCAGUAAGUGCGCGCGUGUAGUCCUGCAGCAGCACGUACGCGUAAUGAAAUAGAUAGAAGAAGGCCACGAUACGAGGACGACACGACCGCCGAAUCAUCGACGAGGCGGCAACGGUGGUUGAGUGAAAUGUGCAUCUCCGGCGUCAGAUGAUCGCGGCAGGUGUUAUGAAGCGCGGUUGGACGAGAAGCUCGUCCGCGGUACGAGGACCCGACAAGACUGGCGCGAGGCCAUGAGAAUAAGCUAACGCAUCAAUGUAACUGUUAAGCAGAGAUUCGUUUCACUGUAAGCCGAAUUUCCGAAAGGCCAUGCUCAUCCGAUGACUGUGACUACGUAGAUUACAAGAAUUUUUUCGAUAUUUAAACGCAGAUAUUAUUAAUCCGUAGCUGUACUUUUGGUACAUGUACAAAGUAUAUUGUUAACGAGCGACUAGCCGCCGUAUUAGAAGAAUUUUUCGACUCUAACCAACGCACCUGAAUAUAACGCUUGAGCCCCCUUACACGUAUGCGUCCUUGCUCUUGCUCGUGCUAACAACUAGUAGACAAGAGUUGAAGAUGCCGAGACAAGACUUCGCCUGCGUUCUCAGUCUGUAGAAACACAUCUGACGCGGCGCAUAAGAGGAUCCGAAGUUUCUUGACGAGUAGCGAGAACAAGUUUGGGAUUGACGAGACGCACCACCGACACGCGACAGUCGACGGCAACGGGCUUAGUGCGAGCUGCAAUGAUCGCUCUUUGCCCGAGAGGUCGAAUCGCCAACGACGACCGAGGACAGUUGCGGCUACAUUGCGGUGCGUGCCGAGCCGGGAUCCGGUCCGAUGCACCAAGCGAAGCGUGGUGAGGAUCAGUCGGACGCAGCGACGAAGAGGCAAAAGCCCAACGACGAUGUGGCAGCAGCAGCUCCCGGCGGAGCGUCAUCAACGACCAGAACAGGCGACGAAGCAGAAACAGCAGCAGCUGCAGCAGUCGACGCGGGCGCCUGACCAAUGACAUCGCGGAGGAGUGGCGGCCCACCCGAGGCAGCCAGAGACCCCCGUAGCCCUGCCCGGAUCAGUGGCAGCUCGGAGGGCAAUGGCUUCCGACAGCAGCGCCCGCAGGUCGCUGGGCUGGCCCAGCAGCCGGGCGACCUCGCCCAGCAGCAGCAGCGCAGCGGAAGCCUGCAAAACCUCGCGGCUCGGGAGCCGCUGGUUGUGCCGCCACCGGUGCCGCCGCGAACGCCUCAGGUGAGGCAGCCUCGAGGCCGUCGCGGCGUCGCGCCAGCGCCGCCCGCUCGCCAGCUCCCCCCGUUGCCCGCCAGGCCCGAGCCCCCGCCCCCGCCGCCGCCGCCGCCCAGCGCUGCCGCCGCUGCGUCUCGAGAAGACGACGACUUCGUCACCGUUUCGGUGCCCGAAAUCCCGAAUCUGCCGAGGUUGGAGAACGCGAGUGACGACGACGACGACGACGACGACGACGACGACAACGACGACGACGAAGCACUGCCCGCCAGGCUUCUCUUCGCCAGCUGCGCGCGACAGGCUAGCUCGUCUAAGAGCCGCGACGAGGACGAAAUCGUUGCCGAAGAGGUCGGCGAUCACAGUCCCGGCACCAGUCAGCCGAGACCGUCGGCGAGGAGCCAAGCUGGAGCGAGACUCAGACCGCCGUUGUCGGGAACCGCCGGCGUGUCGGCGGACUCGGGCACCGGGGACUCGGGCAGCGCCGAGGUCCCCGGCGACGGCGCCAGCACGCCGCUGCAGCUGCACCACGAGCGGGCCGCGGAGAAGGCGGACGAGGCCGAGGGCGACGGCGCCGCCGACGACGAGCUGGCCGACGACGUUGACGCGCUGCAGGAGCUGAGGUGGCGCCGGCCGCUCGGCGAGGCCGCGACCCCGAGCUCCAAGCCCGCCUCGAAGACGGCCAAGCAGCAGGUCAAACUUCUGACGAAGGACAGCAAAGAGCGCUUCGAGAACAGACACGUGCAGCUGGUGCGCGACUACGGCUUUCAGCCCAAGAGAAAGGGCUCCGUCGAGGACGGCGGCGUGCUGCCCAACAAGUUCGAGCCCUUCCCCACGAACCUCUACGGCCGGCCUCUCGAGGAGAUUGACAAUUUCAUUUACGACGAGACGUUUUGCGUAGUGUCGAAGAGGUUUCGAAAGAAUUACAUCCACCGUUUCACCGCGACCAAGAGCUGGUUUAUCUUCUCACCGUGGAAUCCGAUAAGGCGCUGCUGCAUCUUCAUUAGCACCAAUCAGUACUUCGAUUACGUGGUCAUGACCACCAUUCUACUAAAUUGCGUCUUCCUAGCCAUGACCGAGACUGUCGAAGAAGCCGAAUAUAUCUUCCUAGCCAUCUACACGGCAGAAAUGGUGAUAAAAUCCGUAGCAAAAGGAUUCAUUCUAAACAAGUACACGUACCUGAGGAAUCCAUGGAAUUGGCUGGACUUUGUAGUGAUUACAAGCGGGUACGCGACCAUCGGCAUGGAGGUCGGGAAUCUCGCUGGUCUGAGGACGUUCAGGGUAUUGAGAGCCCUUAAGACUGUUUCAAUUAUGCCAGGGUUAAAGACCAUCAUCAACGCUCUACUGCACAGCUUCAAGCAGCUAGCCGAGGUAAUGACGCUGACGAUCUUCUGCCUGAUGGUGUUUGCGUUGUUCGCGUUGCAAGUUUACAUGGGCGAGCUGAGGAACAAGUGCGUCAAGCACAUGGAGCCCAACGCCACCCUCGACUGGAGAGAGUGGACUUGGAACUCGUCCAACUGGGCGCUCGACGACGCCGAGGAGCCCUUCAUCUGCGGGAACGUCACCGGAGCCAGGCACUGCAACGAGAGCUUCACGUGCCUGCGGGUUGGCCCCAAUCCCAACCAUGGCUACACCAGCUUCGAUAACUUUUUGUGGUCGAUGCUCACCACCUUCCAGCUCAUCACCCUCGAUUACUGGGAGGACGUGUACAACAAGGUUCUGUCGGCUUGUGGCCCGAUUAGCGUGACGUUCUUCACAGUGGUCGUAUUCUUUGGCUCGUUCUACCUCAUUAACCUGAUGCUCGCCGUCGUGGCGCUGAGCUACGAGGAAGAGGCUGAAAUCACAAAUGAGGAGCGGAAAAAGGAUCUGACGGAUCACCGGGAGGACUCGACGUUCAGCUUCGAUCCGAGCAAGAUCAACAUCAAAACCCUGACGAAGGAGAAGCAGCGCAAGAUCGACGCUCGCAAGGGUGUGCUGCUGAGCAGCUACUCGCGCAAGAGGACGCGCAGAAGGAAACGCGGCAGGAGUACCGUGGGUCACGAGAAGAACAACGGCAAUCGCAGCAGAUCUGUGACGCCAAGUCCUAGUCCAAGCCCACGGCAUUCGUCUGCCCGGCCGUCCCACUUGCCGCUGCAGUUGCCGCUGCAGUUGCAGCAGCAGCAGAAGCAAAAUGCGGCAUCCGAACGCCAACAGCAGCAGCAGCAGCAGCAGCAGCAGCAGCAGCAAUUGCAGCAAGCGCAGCAGCAAGCUCAGCAGCAGCAACCACCGCAGGUGCCUCCUCGCAUGUCAGCCGGAGCCGCCACCGCAGCCGCAGCCGAGAGCAACCUCGUGCACAGGCUGGCGCCCCGAAACAUGCUGCAGUCGCGACAGGCUAGCAACAACAGCAAUCAGCAGUCCUCGAUGGACGACUCGGGCGUCGUCGACGACCACGACGGCGACGACGUCACGUCGACCGAGGAGCACGAGCGCCGCGAUCCCCAGCAACAACACCAGCAGCACCAGCAACACCAGCAGCACCAGCAGCACCACCAGCAGCAGCAUCAGCAGCAGCAGCACCAGCAGCAGCAGCAGCAGCAGCAGCAGCAGCAGCAAGAACAGCAGCCACAGCAGCAUCGCGCGCAGAGGGAGCACCGAGCGCCGGAGAGACACCACCUCGACAAGAGGAAAGGCGCGCCAGUGCAGCAGCUGGAGCAGCAACAGGAGCCGACGCAGGAGUUCCCUGCUGGUGGACCCAUCGCCAUUGCCGUGAAGACGAGCAACCGAGAGAUCAGGGUGCUCAAGUGCAACGGCCUCAAGACCAAGAAGCCGCUCUACUCGCUGCCUCCCGAGUACCUCUCGCACAUCGUGGUUCUAGACGAUCUGCCAGACAGAAACUGCGACGGGUGUAUCCAGUGCUGCGGCGACUACGAGCGCUGGUUGCGCUUCCAGAACUGCCUGUACAAGGUGGUGCGCGACCCCCUGUUCGAGCUGGCGAUCACGCUGUGCAUCGUGCUGAACACGGGCUUCCUGGCGAUGGAGCACCACGGCAUGAGCGAGUCCAUCCGGCAGGCGCUCAACAUCGGCAACAAGGUCUUCACCAGCAUCUUCACCUUCGAGUGCUUCCUCAAGCUGCUGGCUCUCAGCAAGGACUUCUUCAACAACGGCUGGAACACCUUCGACCUGAUCAUCGUGUCCGCGUCGCUGAUCGAUCUCGCGUUCGAGCUCGUCGACGGGCUUUCGGUCAUCCGCGGGCUGCGCUUGCUGCGCGUGCUCAAGCUGGCGCAGUCGUGGACGACGAUGAAGGUGCUCCUGAGCAUCAUCAUAUCGACGAUCGGCGCGCUCGGUAACCUGACCUUCGUCCUGGUCAUCGUGAUCUAUAUCUUCGCCGUGAUCGGCAUGCAGCUGUUCAGCAAGGACUACACGCUGGACAAGUUCGAGCCGGACCCGGUGCCGCGCUGGAACUUCAACGAUUUCUUUCACUCGUUCAUGAUGAUCUUCCGCAUCCUGUGCGGCGAGUGGAUCGAGCCACUGUGGGACUGCAUGCGGGCUGAGCGCGACGAAGGUCCCGGGACGUGCUUCGCCAUCUUCCUGCCGGCACUCGUCAUGGGCAACUUCAUGGUGCUCAACCUCUUCUUGGCCUUGCUGCUCAACAGCUUCAACAGCGAGGAGCUCAAGCAAAAGAAGGAGGAGGUGGGAGAGGAGUCGAAGCUCGCUCGGUCCUUCGAGCGCAUCAGGUCCAUCGUCAGGAAGAAGAAGUACAAGAAGGAGCACGCCGACAACGAGAAGAACGACAAGAAACUCGAGCAGAUCGUCAGAGAGGUGAUGGACAAAUCCGACAGGGACAAGUACGCCAUUCAAGAGACGGUGCUGAGCUUGUCCAAGGAGAACAUCUACAAUCAGUCCUAUCAAAAGAACCUGAGCCAGCCGGUGUUCACGUACGACCCGAUCUAUCAGUCGAGCGCGGCGCCGUGGUCGGAGCUCGAGCAGCAGACCACCACCACCACGAAUACCACCAAAGACAGCAGCGAAGACGAAAAGAGGAAGGAAAAGGAAGCCGAAGCCAUCGAGAUGUCAGUAUUCAAGGACGCGAGAAGUAAGGCCGAAGAAGCGGCCGCGUCGGAACAAGGUCCAGAAAGAACACCCAGUAAGAAGGCCGAGGAUAAGCGGUCGUGGCAUGCACUAGUGAGCUAUGUAGACGAAUUGACUGUAGGUGGAAGACGCGACAGUCAAGGCAGGUACACCGACGGCGGCAUGGAGGCCUUCCCUGGCUUCGGCAGGAGCAAGCAGGCCAAGGUCCCGCCAGACUGCUUUCCGCAGCACUGCUACGAAAAGUGCAAGUGUAUAAACAAGUGUCUGGAGACGGACCUAGGCUACAAGUGGAUAAAAGUCCGAACGGCCGUACUGUCCGUCGUCGACACACCGGUAUUCGAAUGGAUAAUACUGGUGCUCAUCUUCUCCUCGUCCAUCACCCUGUGCUUCGAGGAUAUCUACCUAGACGACAAUCCAGCCCUCAAGACCAUCCUCUACUGGACCAAUCUCACUUUCUCCCUGCUCUUUGUCGUUGAGAUGUUGCUUAAAUGGUUGGCUCUGGGUUACUGUAAAUACUUCACCAGUUUCUGGACAAUCCUGGAUUUUAUAAUCGUUUUCGUAUCCUUGUUUAGUCUCUUAAUAGAAGAGAAUGAGAACCUUAAAGUGCUGCGCUCUCUGAGGACCCUCAGAGCGCUCAGGCCGCUGCGAGCAAUCUCCCGCUGGCAAGGCAUGAGGAUAGUGGUGAACGCCCUGAUGUACGCGAUACCCAGUAUCUUCAACGUGCUGCUGGUCUGCCUGGUAUUCUGGCUGAUAUUUUCCAUCAUGGGAGUGCAGUUCUUCGGGGGCAAAUUCUACAAGUGCACCAACGCGCUCGGCGAGGUCCUCGAUAUAUCCGUGGUAGACACGAAGGACGAUUGCUUUAGACUGAACCACACCUGGGAGAACAGCAAGAUCACGUUCGACCACGUAGGCGUGGCCUACCUGGCUCUCUUCCAAGUGGCGACCUUCGAGGGUUGGAUGGAGGUGAUGAACGACGCAGUCGAUGCGCGGGGUGUUGAUUUGCAACCCCACCGCGAGGCCAAUCUGCCGGCCUAUAUAUACUUUGUGAUUUUUAUCGUCUGCGGUUCUUUCUUCACCCUGAAUCUGUUCAUCGGAGUUAUCAUCGACAACUUCAACAUGCUUAAAAAAAAAUACGAGGGUGGCGUGCUAGAAAUGUUUCUGACCGAGAGCCAGAAACACUACUACACUGCCAUGAAGAAGCUCGGCCGGAAAAAGCCGCAGAAGGUGAUAAAACGUCCGAUGAACCAGAUUCUCGCGAUGUUCUACGACCUGUCCAACUCCAGGAGGUUCGAAAUAGCAAUCUUCGUGCUGAUAUUCCUGAACAUGCUGACGAUGGGCAUCGAGCACUACGGCCAGCCGCACGCGAUAUUCUUCGUGCUGGAGGUGUCCAAUGCGUUCUUCACGACGGUCUUCGGUCUCGAGGCGAUCGUCAAAAUCAUUGGACUGCGCUACCACUACUUCACCGUGCCGUGGAACAUCUUCGACUUCCUGCUGGUGCUCGCCUCGAUCCUCGGCAUCCUCAUGGAGGACAUAAUGAUCGACUUCCCGGUGUCGCCGACGCUGCUGCGCGUAGUCCGAGUGUUCAGGAUCGGCAGGAUACUUCGACUGAUCAAGGCCGCCAAGGGGAUCAGAAAGCUUCUGUUCGCCUUGGUCGUCAGCCUGCCGGCCCUGUUCAACAUCGGCGCGUUGCUGGCGCUCAUAACCUUCAUCUACGCCAUCAUCGGCAUGUCUGUGUUCGGUCACGUGAAGAAGCAGGGCGCGCUCAACGACAUGGUCAACUUCGAGACGUUCGGUCGGAGCAUGCAACUGCUGUUCCGACUGAUGACCUCGGCGGGCUGGAACGACGUGCUGGAGUCGCUGAUGGUGCAGCCGCCCGACUGCGACGCCACGCCCACGCCUCGCAAGCUCAACGGGGACUGCGGCUACCCGCUGCUCGCCAUCACUUACUUCACCUCCUUCAUCAUCAUCAACUACAUGAUCGUCAUCAACAUGUACAUCGCCAUCAUCCUGGAGAAUUUCAAUCAGGCGCACCAGGAGGAGGAGAUCGGCAUCGUCGAGGACGACUUGGAGAUGUUCUACAUCCGCUGGUCAAAGUACGACCCGCACGCGACGCAGUUCAUCCGGUUCUCGCAGCUGAGCGACUUCAUCGCCAGUCUGGACCCGCCCUUGGGGAUAUCGAAGCCAAACGUUGUGGCGCUGGUGAGCUUCAACCUUCCUAUCGCCAAGGGCAACAAGAUCCACUGCCUGGACAUACUGCACGCUCUGGUGAAGCAUGUGUUGGGCCACGUGGAGGAGUCCGAUGACUUUAAGAAGCUGCAAGAGCAGAUGGACGUCAAGUUCAAGAAGCAGUUCCCCACGCGCAAGGAGCUGGAGAUUGUGUCUUCCACGCGCAUCUGGAAGCGCCAGGACAAGGCCGCCAGACAGAUCCAGCGCGGCUUCCGGGCCUACCUGGCGAACAAGCGCGAGAGGGAGAGGAUCGCCCAAGAGGUGGACUCGCAGACGCAGACCUCGAGCCCCGGCGGCGUGGGUAGCGACGGUAGGGGCGGCAGCAGCGGAUGGGGGGGCAAGCUGUCGGCCCUGCUGCACGUGCACAGGGGCAGCCGGGCCAGCAGCCGCAAGUCCUCGAGGGCCAGCGACGCCAGUGACGCCAGCGACCUGGGCCAAGCCUCGGCCAUGUUCUUCCAGAACUUCCCCCUGUUGAUGCUCUCCGGCGCCACCGGUACCCACGAGGACCUGCAGCCACCCGCCCUCACCGUCUCUCGUCCCUCGCCUACGGCCGAGCAUCCAUCCGCGGCCUCGAGCUCGGGCUCCGAUUCUCACGUGACCGUCAGAUCGUCGGGUCCAACGCUGGGUCGCCAGGACGCCGUGGAGACGGACGAGGACGCGCCCUCGCCGCCGGUGCAGCACAAGCGCAGCCACUCGCUCCGGCCGAGCGGCACCGCGCUCUCGCUGAACAUGCCGCUGCGCGAGAUCAAGGAGGCGCUCAGCCGGCGCUGCAGCAGCCUGCGCAGGCGUCCGGCGCCCCAGCCGCCGAGCCUGGCGCACCAGCUGGCCUCGCACUCGCAGUCGCAGCCGGCCACGAUCACCGACGGCCGCGACGUGAGCAUCCUGGUCACGAAGCCCAGCCCCGAGAGCGCCACGCCGGCGCCGGCGGUGCCGGGCCCGGGCCGACCGCCGCUGCUGCGCCAGCAGUCCGAGGCGACGGUCGUCCACGUGCUCGUGCACCGCGAGAGCGAGGAGUACCGCGAGCCCCUCGACGAGGAGCCCGCCAGCUGAUCCCAGCCCGCUGGCUUCGUCUAAGCAGCCCACCCCCCCCCCCCCCCCCCCCGGCCGCCAGCCUUUGCCUCGCACGCCGAGCGCCGUGUCGGCCGCCGCGAAAACACGUCCAUCGAUCGCCGCGCGGCGCUCGCCUUUCCGGCUCGCAUCGCAGCCACUUGUAUAAAUGUCGUCUGCACAGAGCAGACCGUCUUUACCACCUAGCUUUUCAACAACUGAUAUACGCACGGAGCGUCUACAAGCGAACAAGGAACGACCCAUUUUUCAAUGACGCUCGUUAUCACAUAGAAGAGACCACGGUAAAGUCAUCUUUCUCUCGGUUCCAAUUUUUAUAUACACAUCAAAGAACGUAGCUUACUUUCCAAUAUUAAUCUUAUAUCAAUGGGGUGUCACUUUGCCUCGGUCUUCUCUAUCCCUUUGUUUCAUCUUUUAAAUUUUAUAUAUUUUAGCGACGCGAAACUCGACAGAGAUUGUUAUCGUUAGACACAUUCACAUUAAGAUUCUAAAGCUCAAGGGUAGCCUUAACUUCCACUACUUCUGCGUAUUAACUGGUCUAAGUAUAUACAUAUUUAAUUAAGAGAUGGUGAACGCUCGUAUCUAAGGCUAGCCACUACAAUUUUUCACUAAGACCUACGAACAUUUCAAUAAAAGAGCAAAAUAAUAAUAGCCCAACGAAGUUUCAUGUGUAACUGGUUUUAGCGAUAGGCAUUUUUACAUGUAUAUAAAACAGCAAAUGGAUCGAACAAUUCGCAAGACGAGAGAAGUAGAGAUGUAUGUGAAAUAAGCUAAGUCGGUCUUAGGUGCAGUCGGUAAAAAACAAUAAACGAGAACAACAAAAUAAUGUACUGCCUGAAUUGUGUCUCUAUGGAUUCUUUUGCCGAUUAUUAAAUGCAUUAUCGAUAUUACUAUGUAGGUACAUUUAAUUGCCUGCCGUUGCACGAGUGAUUGAGAUGAUGAUGCAAUUAAAAAAACACGCAAAUCCCUUGGAGUAUAGAAUGAAUGACGAUUGGCGAAGGCCAAAAAGUUAUAUAGUUAUAUUAUUGAAUAAUGGACUGUCGAUCGGAUCCUGAAAUGAAAUCCUUUGAAAUACACACAAUCGGCUUCGCGCGACAAUCUUCCGGAAUAAAAAAAAACAUACGUGCCGAGCGAACCAAAAAGAACGGGUUAGUGGUGUUCAAAAAAAAAAAAAAAAGAAAAAUAAAGAUAUAUACGAAAAAAAAUUCGUUGAAGGCGCUGACGAGGCCAUUUUCCAAAUGUCGCCUUAGAUAAACUUACAGAACGCGCUUCGUGCGCGACUAUAGAAUAUUACAAGAUUUAUUGUGUAAAUAGCGUAUGCGAGAGAAAGAGCGAGCGCGACAGUAAAGAAACUGAAUUAAAUAAGUCAAUUAUUGAGUAACGUUGAUGCACCUUCAACAGAGUUAACAAGUGUUAUUGAUGAAUAAAUCGUCAAUGACAAGAUACGGUGGCUUGAAAUAUCGAAUAAAUAACUAAUUGUGUAACUCAUUGACAAAAAAAAACCACUAUCGGAUCUUGAGAAAAUUAUGUAGAAAUUGAUCCUGUUACCGAUAAUACCCCAUAAAAAGCAGCUUAAACGCAGAAAAUACUUAAAAUUUAAUCGAGGUUUAUUCGUCAGUUCUAAAAAAGAUUCAAAUAAAUACAAAAAAAAACGAAAUAAGGGAGAUGAAAACAAAGACAGAAACCGUACAAUCAUAUAAACGUAAUUUAAAUCAGGAUACGUGUAGUAGAUCGAAGUAAACUAAAAAUGUAUGUUAAUAUGAAUUCACUCGUAUAGGGUACGUCGCGUAAUUAUAUUUAGCCACAACGCGAGAGAUGUUCGAGAAAAUAAAGUAUAAUAAUUAAAUCUUUGUAUGAAUAGGAAUUAAAAGUUAAAAGCAAAGAGCUCGCAAGCAAUGUCUGUCUCUAUGCUUUGUCGUGCGUGAAUGAGCAAUGUACGCUACAUAUCAAUACUGAUUCGCUUCGUUGAAUUCUGCAUUAUUAAUUGUAAAAUCAAACUCCUUUUUGAUAAGUUAAUCAUUGUGUGAGCCAACUCUCGAGCCGCGAAAAAGUUUUCAAUAAUGCCAGAGGACGCAAAGGAACAAUAGGUUUAACAUUUUUUACGAGUCCAGUUAGUGCGAUUAAGUAGAGCUUUCUCUUCUCGAACCCUUCGUUUUUUACUUCUAAGGUGGCAGCUACGUCGACUAUAGAUAUAGAGUGACAAAAAAAGUAUCUCGAUUAAGAGAGAAAAAUAAUGAGCUUUGAAUACUUUACAAAAUGAUAAUUAUACGCGUAAUGACCACAGCGUUAUAUAGCGACUAGAAUCUUUCAAACGGUUGACGCCGUGUCAACUAAAAUUGCUUCAAUAAAAAAAGAAAAGAGAGAAAAACAAUACGAUGCCAGAUAAAACAUCUUUUCAUUCGGUUAAGAUCGCGUAACUAUGUUAUUGUCUUCCCGCAUCCAACGUCACUUGAUUUUCAUCGCGGCACGACUAAAAGAUAUCCUACUUCAUCGAGUUAAGAAUCAGUCACUUUCAAGUUUCAUUGUUUAUAAAUAAAGCUAUCGAUUAUUGCCAUGACAGCCGCGCUGAAAUCCUUUCGGGAUCAAUUUAUUCAUUUAAAGAACUUAAAUAACUUAAAUGAAAACCGUGCAAAUGUUCUUCGCAUCUCGCUUGCUCGUCAACUGGAGCAGUGGUCAUUGACAAUAUAAUAGCCGCCACGAGGGAAGAGAAAAGAAAAGCCGAAUAUAUACACUGCGGAGAAAAAAAGAAAAGCUGGAUAUUAAAACGGAGGAUGAUAAGAGAAAUAAAAAGUAAUGUGCACCGGCUGGUCAAAAAAGGCUGACGCGUUACCCGCGCGACAAAGAAAAAAGAAAUCCACGGAAAUAAAACCGCGAGAUAAGCGCGCGCGUUUCCGCAUUCCUGUCUUUAUUUGAUAAUCCCACGGAAAUCUCGCUUGAGAUAGUAUACGAAAUACCGAUGUAAAUUUACUGGGUCAAUUUUCUAUAAUAUUAUCGUAAAGCAGAAUAAAAAAAAAUUAAAACACUUUUAGAUAACAAAAAUUCGUAAGGAAUAAAAACGCAAGUUUUCUUCUAGAAUUAUUGAUUAUUUAUUGAUUUGAAAAAAUAUCUCAGAUAUUGUUAGUGCGGUAAUUGUUGAUUCAAAAAAAACAAAACGGAAACGAAAGUAUAAGGUCGCGUAAUACUUUUUGCAUCACACUGUGCAUAAAAAUGGAAAAAAAUACAGUAAAAAUAAUACAAUCAAAGGCCUAUAAAAACGUAAUUUUAGGAGUCAGUGGCGUCGAUUAAUGUCUUCAGAUGUAGAUUCGUUAUUGCAAUCUAGAAUUGUUAAAGUGCAAUAAUAAAAAAAAAGGAAAAAUAAAAGAAAAAACUAAUUUCGAGUAAGUGGUGAAUUGUACAACUAAAGUGUAAUAGUUGUUAAUUCCGUAAAAAAAUGAUCGUCGCUUACUCGAGUUCUUCCCCGGUUAAUCGAUGAUCUCGAUGCCGUAUGCGUGCCAAUGAUAUACCUUUGAUAUAGUUAAGACUUGCUCUGGUACCUUCAUUUCAAGUCGUUUGACUUCGUGGCUGAUGAACUUUGACAAAAAUAUUCAACUCUAAGCAUCGAUAUAAAAACGCUCGUCAUCAAGAUCGAGUCGAACGAUUUGAAAGUACAGAAAGAAGUAUUUAAGAUUCUCUGAUUUCAUAUAGGCUUUUUUCAGAACGACUCAAGUAUUGCCGAACGAUCAAUUCUCCAAAUACAUAGCGCAACGGGCACACCCUUUCUUUAUCUACUAAAGCACGCAGACGAGCAUUCGUUUUCGCGAAUUUCAAACGUGAAAAUAAUUACGCACACUAAUUACGCAAAACAAUAAAAAAAGAAGAGAAAUUGCAACAAAGAAGGAACAGAAUUAUAUAUGAAUAUUCAGUCGAUAUUUACGUUUAGAAAUCAGAUUUUGAAUGA